CAAGAAAGGUGUGAUUUAUAUACAAAGCUGGUUUAAACGCAUAUUAUAUCAAUAAUAAUUAGAUGAACCGUAGUUUGUUUCGCGAAAUAGGUAGUUUGUCUGAACUGAGUUGCCGUACUCUCUGAGGUCACGUGUUUUUGUUUACUAGGACAGAGCGAGCUGCUACACAACUACUGAAGCACAAACUCAUAAAUAAAGGCUCUACAUUAUUCAACAAAGUAGUGUUAUAGGCAGUAGUUACAAAAGGAGGAUGCGAUGUUAUUUGGCGCUAUUUAGCAGAGUUAAUUUAAACUCCCGAGCCUGUGAGAGCUACCGUUGGCUGAGCUAGCUAUCAAACUCAGACUAGCUUUGCUCAAACAAAAGAUAAACAGCAGCUGCACACAUGUUUAGAGUAACUUAGGUGCUUUUUAAUAUAGCUUACAUUAGCAGCUAUGCGCUCAUUAAACUACGUUCAACGCGUCAGUUUGGACUUUACAGGAACUCUGUUUCCUCAUGCGAUCUGUCUGGGAGACGCAGACAACGAUUCGCUGAACGAGCUGGUUGUGGGCGACACCAACGGGAAGCUGCUGGUGUACAAGAAUGACGACUGCAAACCCUGGAUCACCAGAACCUGUGUGGGCAUGCUGACGUGUGUUGCAGUUGGAGAUGUGUGCAACAAAGGAAAGAACUUUGUGGUAGCUGUCGGUGCAGAGGGCUGGUUUCACCUCUUUGAUCUGACGGCUGCGACCGCAAGUAAAUCAGAUUCAUCCAGUCAGCACGAGUUCAUGUCGUCUGAGGACCAGAAGCCGCUCUUCACUCAACACAUUCCCGCCAACACUAAAGUCAUCCUCAUCAGUGAUAUCGACGGUGACGGCCGCAGUGAGCUGGUGGUGGGAUACACGGACCGAGUGGUGCGAGCUUUCCGCUGGGAGGAGCCGUCUGACGGGUCCGACCUCGGAUCUGGACAACUGGUUCUGCUGAAGAAAUGGCUUCUGGAGGGGCAGGUGGACAGUUUGUCGGUGAACCCGGGUCCUGAGGGUUUACCGGAGCUGAUGGUGUCUCAGCCCGGCUGCGGCUACGCCAUCCUGCUGUGCUCCUGGACCCAACAGGACUCCUCCGGCUCUGGAGAAGACGCCCCCGCCACCCCCGGGAGUGAGGGACCUUCCAGAGAUGUAGUUCUCCAUCUGACCACCGGGCGGAUCCACAACAAGAACGUCUCCACUCAUCUCAUCGGCAGCAUCAGUAAAGGCUCAAAAGAAGAAUCUUCUAUAUGUGGGCUGUUCGCUCUCUGCACUUUGGAUGGGACUCUGAAGUUGAUGGACAGCUCGGAGCAGCUGCUGUGGUCGGUGCAGGUGGAUCAUCAGCUGUUUGCACUGCAGAAGCUGGACGUUACUGGCGACGGCAGAGAAGAGGUGGUGGCGUGUGCCUGGGACGGUCAAACAUACAUCAUCGACCACAAUCGGACGGUGGUUCGCUUCCAGUUUGACGAGAACGUGAACGCCUUCUGUGCAGGUCAGUACACGUGUAAGGAAGGGAAGAACAGUCCCUGUCUGGUCUACGUGAGCUUCAACCACAAAAUCCACAUCUACUGGAAGGUUCAGCUGGAGCGCAUGGAGUCCACCAACAUGCUACGAGUCCUGGAGGAGAAACCCGAGUUCAAGAGCCGCUUGAAGGCUCUGGGAGUCGACACAGAGGACGCGGCGGCAGUGAGAGCUAUGGUAUCAAAUCUUCUCUACACGGACUCACAGACUUAACACACACACACACACACACACAUGGACACACUGCCUGACUGUAAAUACUCUGUUAAUAAACACUGAAUGUUUGUCUCCUGUGCUGCUUGUCUUGUUAUUUGUGCUCCCUGCAGACAGACGUGUCCGGCUCAGGUUGCUCUAAUCUCACAUGUACACACAGGCCUCCGUCAUUGGUAUUCUGCCCGCUCAG